AUGGUGAAGGAAACAACAUACUAUGAUAUACUUUGUGUAAAACCAAAUGCCACAUCAGAUGAGCUUAAGAAAGCGUAUAGAAAAUUAGCCCUUAAAUAUCACCCUGAUAAAAAUCCAAAUGAGGGUGAGAGGUUUAAACAAAUUUCACAAGCAUAUGAAGUCCUUUCAAACCCAGAUAAGAGAAAAAUCUAUGACCAAGGUGGAGAACAAGCCCUGAAAGAAGGUGGUGUUGAUGGUGGGGGCAUGUCAUCACCAAUGGACCUCUUUGACAUGUUCUUUGGUGGAGGCUUUAGUGGCGGAAACAGACGUGGUCGCGAGAGGAAAGGCAAAGAUGUUGUCCAUCAGUUGUCAGUUACUCUAGAAGAACUGUACCGAGGUGCCGUCCGAAAACUGGCAUUGCAGAAGAAUGUCAUUUGUGAGAAAUGUGAGGGCAGGGGCGGAAAGAAGGGUGCAGUUCUAACAUGUACCACCUGUAGAGGCACUGGUAUGCAAGUACAGAUUCAGCAACUUGGUCCUGGUAUGAUACAGCAAAUACAGACUAUUUGUGGAGAAUGUCGGGGAAAGAGAGAAAUCAUUGACCCUAAGGACAGGUGCAAAGUUUGUCAGGGCCGUAAGACAGUACGUGAUCGCAAGAUUCUAGAUGUACAUGUAGACAAGGGUAUGACUGAUGGUCAGAAGAUUGUCUUCAGCGGUGAAGGUGACCAGGAGCCAGAUUUGGAAGCUGGAGAUCUUAUUAUUGUGCUUGAUGAGAAGGAGCAUGAUGUUUUCAAACGUACCGGCAAUGAUCUGAUUGUGAGGCUGAAUAUAGAAUUAGUGGAGGCACUCUGUGGUUUCCAAAAGGUGAUUAGAACUUUGGAUGAGAGAGAUAUUGUUAUUACAGUUUUGCCUGGAGAAGUCACCAAACAUGGGGAAGUUAAAUGUGUUCUUAAUGAAGGUAUGCCAAUGUACAAAAAUCCAUUUGAGAAGGGUCUCCUCAUCAUUCAAUUCCUAGUUAAUUUCCCGGCGCGAAUUCCACCUGAGAUCAUUCCAGCUCUUGAGAACUGCCUUCCCCCUAGACCAAGGGUUGAGAUUCCGGAACUGGCUGAAGAGUGUCAGCUAGCAGAACUGGAUCCGGAACAAGAAAUGAGGAGACGGCGACAGCAGCACAACACCUAUGAUGAAGAGGAGGAUGGACCUGGAAUGAACCGUGUGCAGUGUGCCACAAGCUAA